AAAUCGUUGAAAAACCGGACGGGCAAGUAAAACAACAUCAAGAUGAGCGCGUGCUGUUCUUCAGAUGAAAUGGCUUCUUCACAUACAUCAUCAAACAGGGAGUUCAUGACAACCGGAAGUGACGUAGAAACACGCAGCCAUUGCAGUUUGGCGGACAGUUUGGAAUCCGAGGCCCUCGAAGUAAAUGGCGAGAAGUCCACUGAGGCUAGUUUGCAACGGAGUUCGUCAUCCCGUCUUCCCAGGUUACAGCGGUCUCACACGUUCAACACAAAGAGUCCGGUCAAUAAAUCCGGCAUUUACGUGGACGCGAGAAAAGACGAGAGGAAUGCACGUGGCAGAUUUUCAAUACCACGUGACGAUAUUUCAUGUUUGCCGCACGCAGAUUGCGGAGGUACCAACUCCCUGUGUCACUGGAACUCGGACGGCAAGGCGCAAGUCCGGGAAAACACAACGAGUAAACGCCGAUUUGAGCUGCAGCAUUCUCUGCACGAGCGAGAGGCGGAAACUCCCGAGUACAUCACUCCGAGUCAGCGGAAAGACCAUCUGAUCAAAGACCUGAAAGCACAGGUGCGAGAGCUGAAACAGACCUUGCAACAUCGAGACAUGGAGGCGGAACAGAUGAAACUCGAACUGAAAGAAGAAGCCGCCGGGGAGGUGGAAAAACGAAACGAGGAAUUGGAAAAUGUUCGAAAAGAGCUGGAAGACAUGAAAUGCAAAUACGAAGACCUGACGAAAUCGUACGAAGAGUCAGUAAAGGCGGUGACAACCAUGGAACAGACAAUGGAUGAGCUGAAGACGGCCAUGGAGUGUAAGGAGAAGGAACAGGAAAAACUUUAUCUGCAGAUGUACCGGAAAGGCCGCCAGGUGGCGCAGAUUGAGCGCGAGGAAGAGCUUGAGGACAUGGUGGGUAAAGGCAUAAGGAGUCCCAGCUUCACCAUUCGGGAGUUAGUCCGAAAGUUAGCGGUCACCGAGACAGAAUUGGCCAAGUGGCAAUCUCUGCGGCGGAAAGAGUCCUACGAAGAGGGUGAAAAGCCGGAAAGCGAAUCGGAGGCAACCCUCCGCUUUCUUAGGGACUCUUUUUUCCAUUAUUUGACUGACGCCAAAUCUUCGGACGAUCACCUUCGAGCGAUUAUUCGGAUUUUUAAUUUCGACGAAGAACAUCGGAAAAAGAUCGCCAAGGCCCUGCUGGACGGGAAGCACUUGAAGAAAUAAACUGAUUUCACAAGUGAAUAUGAUUUGAAGGACAGGAUUCUUGUUUUCAAUUUGCAAACCUAUACUUGCGGGUCGCAAUAUUGACGCUUUAUGAAAAGGUACCGUGAUUUAGAAAGGUUGCCUUUAGGGAAGGAAAUAAAUCCGAAAAAUGUGUCAAUCUAACCAGCAAACCAGCAUCCCCUGAAUUUUCUGAAACAUCCAAAUAUCACAGGAUCUGUUUCAAAAUUUCGGUUUCAUUGCGGAUUGAUUUGCCGUCGACUUGUUAUUUCUGGUGACUCUUAAUCUAUACAACAGGCAACUAUCUUGAUUUUCUCAAGAUACCACAACAUGUUCAACAACAACCAAGCAGACUAACAAAGGAGGAACAAUAUACCAAUAUUUUAUGCUCAUUAGGUCUUCCGAAUUUAUCUUUCAGAUAUACAGAUUUGUGCUCUUCCACUCACUAAUCCGGAAUGUGCUGUCCUCAACAUAUCAAAUUUUUACGCCACAAGAACAUGUUCCUUUUAACCCUACACUUAGUCUGUCUUAAUUUCACCCAAUUAUUCGUGAAUAAGCAUAACGUCACAAUGGGAUACCGGCGGGUUAUCUUCUCACAACAGGUGUCGCUAGUGUGAAUUAGGACUUGCGCGUCACAAGUCUUUUGUUGCGCGACACGAAACAUGUUGCGCCUUGCGGUUCCAUCUGUAACGUAUUUGGUCUACCCACUGUGACGUAUUUGGUCUACCCGCUGUGACGUCAUGCUGUUGACGCUGCAGUGGAAUGUCCAGCGUGACUGAAAUGACAUAAAACAUCCCACUUCGGACUUUUGCCGGUAUCCCAUUUGCACAAACGUGUGUUCGCUUACCGCUACCAUUUUCAAUAUUAGUCAGUCCCACCGUACUGGGCAUCGUCCGAAAAUAAAAUCUUGGAACGUUGAGAUUGAAAGCAGAAAAUUUUUGUUUCAGUAAUAAAUGGUAUUUACUAUAAAUAACUAUUGUCAAAAAAGAUGAUUUUAAUUUUAGAAAGAGCAGCGUAGCAAAGGAGACACGUGAUUUGAAAAUGGCGGUUUGUGACGUUCAGAUGCUGUCCAAGUGGAUACAUCGAUUAUAUGUGUGUCGUUAUAGCCUUCAUUAUUUCUGUAUAAUCAGGUGAAAUCCAUUCAAGAUUGCUUUAAGAUCACAGGCAACCUGUUUUCGCUUCGCACAGCUUUGGCACUUUGAGCACAGCACAGGCGUAAUGACCGAACUUCGGUUUUGGGAAUGUACGAUGACUCGAUUGGCGGUCAGUGUUGACGCUGAGCUGGGUACACGGCCAACCGACCUAUGCUACACUCAAAAAAAAUAAUAAUAAAUCUGUUAAUUUUAAAACAAAGUCUGUUGUCUGAGUGAUGCUAGAAUGUAUUCUGUUAUUCCAGCGGAUUGUUCUAUUAAAUAUAACACACAUAUUUUAUUAAUUCAAUUAAGUUAAAAAAUGUAUGAAAUAAUUGUUCUAUUGUUCUGAUUGUUCUAUUAAAUAUAACACACAUAUUUUAUUAAUUCAAUUAAAUUACAAAUGUAUGAAAUAAAGAUUCUAUUAGACGAACAGAAUAUAUGACA